AUGUUUGGUAUCGAUAGAUAUACAUAUAAAGUCGAGGUCGACAAGAAUGAUCGACCAAACACAGUUGCCCCAACAGAGUCUGGUGUUGAAGAUGGUGCAGCAAGCGAUCCAAAGUAUCGACAAUUCAAUGAUGAUCUGAAUACAACAUUGCAGUCUUUUGCCAAGUCUGUAGAAUGGGCAGAUUUGGUCAAAUGGCUUAGUAAGUUGUCUAAAGUGUUUGAGAAGUAUCCAAAGUCUGCUAGUAUCCAGCCCAAACUACUACUCUCCAAACGUCUGUCACAAUGUCUAAACGCCUCAUUACCAAGUGGCUGUCACAGUCAUGCACUCGACACCUACCAAAUGAUAUUCAGUCGCAUUGGUACUGAACGACUAUCGAUUGAUAUUGCGAUAUAUGGAGCAGGAUUGUUCCCGCUGUUUAGAUACGCGAGCACAGAUGUUAGGUUCAAGAUGUUGCAGUUGUUUGACAAGUAUCUGGUGCCACUUGGACAUAACUUAAACACAAGUCUUAAUGGCAUCGUCUCAUCUUUGUUGCCAGGCCUAGACGAAGGCUCAGGCGAACUCUACGAAUCAGUGCGCAAGACACUCAAUCUGAUCAACAAGUCAACUUCGACACUCAUCUUUCAUCAAGCGAUCUGGAAGAACUUGAUCACAACACCCUACAACCGUCACGCUGCCAUUGAGUACCUAAUCAAACAUCUUCCAAAGGACUUCUCAGAUGUAUCCAUUCAAGACUUAUACUUGCCAGAGAAGGAGACAUUGGUUGCGCAGGCCAUCUGCCAGUCACUAACAGACAGCACGACAUUGGUACAGAGGAGCAUGUUGGAAUUGAUAACAGCCUUCUUCCCAUUGUCCUACAAUAUAUUCUCUGGCGCAGCACUAGAGAACAUCAUCAAGGCAGCAGUCAGUGUGGUCGUCUCCAAAGAUGCCUCACUAAACAAGCGACUCAACUCAUGGCUACUCGGUAGCGACAACGAUCCCAACUACUUUUCACAGCAUGGCAAGCAACCAACAAUCAAUGCAUUCAAGAAACUACUCAAUGAUCGACUACAUCCAAUUGGAACAACAGCCAACACUACUCUAGCGCACAAGGAUAUGACAUCACCAUUUGUAAUAUUAACAUACUUGUUCCAGAAGGAACAGUUCCAGACGAUACUCGAUGGCAUCUUGCUGGACAUCCUGCGCUGCCUGUACAAAUUCAAGGAAGGAUACAGCUUCUCCAAGGACAUGGUCAAGUACAUCGACGAGCUGCUGGCCUCGAUCACAGACAGCAAGGUCGUGUGGACGUUCGUAUCCCAACUUCUAACAUUCAAGUCGGGCUCGAGUGUGUCUGAAGCCAUCGAGAAUGUGAAGCUGGUCGAAUGCUACUUGGACGUCGUCCCGCUCUCGGUUGAGGAUGUGCAGUCCCACCAUCUGCCCUCGCUAUUGUUGGCCAUCGUCCGUUCGAUGAAGUCGAUCAUCGAGCCACGCGACAACAAUCUGAUCAUCGCAUUCACACAGCUAUUCGAGUCCAUCGACACCUUCCAAGACUACUUCAUCAUGCUCAGCGACUACAUUCGAGAUGGCUGUCAGACUGUCUCGGCGCCGCUCUCAUCACCACGCAACUAUUCAUUCUCAACAAACACGGCUGCAGGUGGCGCAGUGUCACCAUUGCCCGACCUAUCGCACAGCGCAACGUUGACCAACAGCAGCGACACCUUUGUCAUAUUGGACCUCUCACUGCAGGUUCUUGUGGGCUUGUUCCAGCAAUUCCGUGCGUCGCCAACAUCGUCAACGUCGUCCCCGGCUCUCGGCUCCACGACCUCACCUAAGUGGUUCUGCCCACUCUACGACUACUGUAUGUCCGAGAAUCCGUACAUCAGUUGCCUGGCGAUCAGGUCGUUCCUCAGCCUCGUGUAUAGACAGGGCGACUCAGGACUCAGUCGCAGCAUCAAGAACCUUGUAACGGUAGAACAUUUCACAUCACUGGCCAAGAAGUUGUGGUCGAUACUCGAGCCACAAAACUGCGCCGUACACUACAAAGUGGCGUCGUUGUUCCUAUCACUGGGCGAGAUGAACGAGGAGGCCUGCGCAACUGUCAUCUCCGAGUCGAUGCUAGACACGAUCCUCGCAAACCGCGUCGAGGGCUACCAGAAGUUUGCGUUGUUCUGGCGUCUUGCUGGCGAGCUAGGCAACACUUCAUUGAUGUUCUCGAACACACUGUUCCUGAUGCUCGACUCACUGCAUAGCGACCAGCCAAUCAUCAAGCUCACCGGCCAGACUUGGUUGGCCGAUGGCAUCAGCAAGGCCGAGCGCAUACUCGACCCACUGCUACGCAUCCUGCUCGACACGUCCACCGUGCGCUUCAAUCACAUCUAUCAAUCAAUGUACGACACGCAACAGGUCAUCUACACAUUCAGGAUACUCAAGGCAAUCAUCGAGUGCGACUUUAAGCUCUUCAUUCAACACGUGAUUGAGAAGCCAAUCUCAAAGGAGAUCAUACAGAUGAAUGAUGCACAGACAAUGGUCGUUCGCAAGGCUACCCCUUCGUCGUCAUCAUCGUCUGAGAGGACACCACACGAGUCCUCAGGCCUCACUACUUCUCCUCACAUCUUCUCGAACUACUCUCCCAAGCUAUCGGCUUCGAUUGGUGGCAUCACAGAGACAUCGUCCGACUUCCUGUUCAUACCAACCAACUCAUACAUUGAUCUACUGGUCGUGGUGGCACUGCGCUUCCUACAAGGAAUGGUCCCAAACAGUGUGGACAAGACCACCGAGGAGGGCAAGACAUUCGUCUCACAGAACGAUGUCGUCCAGAUCAGCGCCGCCGAGUUCCUACAGUAUCUAUUGGCCCAGACCUCCAUCCACCCGGCUAAAGCCUGCGAGAUUGCCAACUACAUCCAGGAGCCAAUCCUUCAGAACCUGGCACAGGCUGUAUCAUCGAGCAACAUGGUGCUCCAGGUGCAUCUUCUCCAACUGCUUCGCUCCAUCGUGCUGAUCGACUCGUCAUCCGCCGCGCCCAUGCCAAUGCUACCAACAUCGCCACAGUGGGCCAACAUCAACUCUCUACAUGACAGCAACGGCAGCCACGGAUCGAUGGGCAACACAUCGAUCGCGUCGAUCACUCAAUCGACAAUGUUCUUGCAGACGACUGUCGUUGGUCUGAUCCAGCCAUCAACGCGCUUCAACAUUCGAUUCUACUGGCUGGACUUUAUAACAUUCUGUUUGCCAAGGAUGGCCAACUCGGCGCAGCUCCCACACGUCGUCACCACCAUUGUCAACUGCAUACGUGACCUCUUGCUCUCAUUCGACAAUCGAUCACUGUUUGACAGUCUUACAUCACGCGACAUCAUUGUGUUGCUCAAGAGUCUCACAUACAUUCUCAAGUUCUCGGUGCUCGAGCCCAUCACACCGUUUGUUAAGGUCGUCGCUGAGGACUCGCAGGGUAGCGGCAGGUAUGGUCCACUUGGUGGCGUGCGCAUCUUGACAGACUUUGUCAAGGACGUGUUCACAGCCGAGACAGACCCAUCGACGAUCCUCACGCCAUUGGGCAAGGUGCGCGAUGAACUGUUCAAGGACCUCGCCGGCAUCAUCACACCCCUGGUCAAGUUGUGGGGCCCUCCCAAGACUGCCUCAUUGGGCAAGAUGUCAAUGUCCACUGACGUAUCCUCGGACACACACAACAAGUAUGCCAUUCAGGACAUGAUACUUCAUGUACUGGACCCCUUGGCCACCAAAUACCCGACACAGCUCGUUGGCGCUGUGAUUGACAUAUGGCAGAUGACCGACUUUAACAAUGCAGAAUCACAAUCGACGCGAAAAGUCAUGAUGGAGAUCCUCAACAGCCUAGAGUCUGUGCGCGAGGAUAGUGUAUUCCAAUCGUGCUUCCAGAUCCUCACGGCCCUGCACACUCAGGAGCGCAACAAGGCCUUACCCAAGGUGAUGAUGUCCAAGUUCACAUUCAAGGAGGCUGCGUUGUAUGACUUUGUCUACAGAUACAUUGAAGAGUACACCACGCCCUUUGAUGGCAUAUCUCAGUCACUGCUGGCCAUUGUCCGACAGUCUCUGCACUCGUCCAACCCCAUGACCUACAUCACCCAGCUUCAGCUCAUCCACCUCUACGUGCGCAAGCAAUGUCCCGAAGAGAAGUCCAAGAACCAGUUACGUUACAAGCACAACAAGCGCGAACUACAAGAGCUGAUACCAAAGAUUGUCGAGGCCUGCUUCAUGAUCAGUGGCAAGUCUUUCAAUGAUAUCUCGGCCAUCUACAUCCCGCCCACUGGCAUGGGGGAUGGCGCACCCAUGCGCCCAUCCUCGUUCGAGUUGCGCAGUGACUCGCCCACGACCACCUCGUCCGGCUCAUCAUCAUCAGGAAACUCUGUCGACGAUAGUCCCAACUACGGUGGCUCACGCGGACGCACAUCGUCUAGUGGCGAGCACGACUCUGGCAACUAUUUGAAGCGCGAGACGCGUCUAAAGACUCAGGUCAGCUUCCGAUCGCUCGUACAGCUGUCUACUACGCUGGCGCCACUGCUCGACACAAUCUUUGAUGACAAGGAGCGCGUUGCAGCCAUCCUGGCCAACUCAAUCUACAACGUCGUGCCCUAUCUUAAGUCCAAGGCAGAGGCAUCGCGUGAGAACACCUAUUACUCGACAUGUCUAUUGUCCUCGCUCUCUGAGUACCCAUACAACAUCAAGUCCAUCAAAAAGGAGGCACUAGAACUAUUCUUUGACUACGACUUCUUCAAGCUUGACAUCAAGACUCUCGAGCAGACCAGCAAGUGCAUCAACCAGAUCAUGAUCCAUGACAAGACAGCCCUGUCCGACUUUAUAAAGAUACUUAGCAAACCUUGGACAGCACCUUCGGCGCUCACAUUCGUGAACAAGGAGGCUGAGUCGAUCAACAGAGCAAAGCAACUGAAACGACUGUCAUUCAUCAUUUUGAGUGGCGUUGAGAAUCAGUAUCUCUCAAUACUGCCAUUGGUGUUGGAGAAGAUAGUCGAGUCACUGCGCAUCCCCAACGCCACAGUGCUACAUCUUCAAGUGUUCCAAUGUCUUCGUGUACUGCUCGUUAGGAUGUCACACGAGAAUCUACGAUCAUUCUGGCCGAUUAUCAUCACCGAACUCAUUGACAUCCUGUCACAUGCACACGACGACAACACACCCAGUGAACUAGUGUUGGCCGCCUGCAAGUUCCUGGAUCUCGCCCUUACUCUGCCAACGAUCACCGAGCAAUUCAACCUCUAUGAAUGGGUGUUCAUUCGGGGAUGCUUCAUCAAACACCAAGCCGCACCAUUCAAGCCCUACGUCGACAGCAUAUCACAAUGUCCAAUAAUGGAACUCAACGAGGAUGACAACACACCACCAUCGAUACUUACAUCGUCUGGUGUCAUGACUGCGCCAGACAUUAGUAGACAACUUGCACGACCAUGUAUAUUAAUUCGAUCACUAUCAGAGUUGGCAAAUGGAUACAUAGAGUUCAAGGCUUACUUGUCAAAGUUCUCAAUCGCCAUUUAUAAGCGCCACUUGAACACCAAUGCCGUCGACCUGAACUACAUCAACGAGUUGCUAUGCUUUGACUUUUGUGAAUUGGACCUCACCAAGCUGAGCAUCUCUGGCGACAUCCAGUUUAGUCCUCUGGCGCCCUCUGGACUCUCCAACAUUCUGGCAAGCGAUAGUACAACCUCAACCUCGACAACAUCAACACUUCCAACAACAUAUGAGUCAUCAUCGUCAACAACAAGUGGUAUAUCUCAAGAGAAUAGUGGCAGUGGUGGUGGCGGCGGAACACAAACAACACAACCUUGGACAAGAACAAAGAUCACUGGGUCUGGAUCAGGUGGAGCAGGAGUCGUAGGAAACUCUAGUGGAUUCAAAUCUACCACCGCUAACUUCUUGGAGAGAGCCAGGACUACCAGUGGCUCAAACAACAGCAUCGAACAGCCCACGACAACCAACAACAGGGUGGACUCACCAUCAAUGUAA